UUGUUCUCCGCCUCUUUUUUUUCCGGAAGUUGUCCUCUUUCUUUCUCCCUACGGCCACCGGAAUAGCGUGUGGCGCCCUUAGUUAUUGUGCGCGUGAGAGGGCAAGAUGGCGGCCAAUAUGUACAGGGUGGGAGACUAUGUGUAUUUUGAAAAUUCAUCGAGUAACCCAUAUCUCAUACGGAGAAUAGAAGAACUUAACAAGACUGCCAACGGUAACGUAGAAGCAAAGGUGGUUUGUCUUUUUCGGCGAAGAGACAUCUCCAGCAGUUUAAACAGUCUUGCAGAUAGUAAUGCGCGGGAAUUUGAGGAAGAAUCCAAGCAACCAGCAGUGGGGGAUCAGCAGAGACACCAGCUGAAGCACAGGGAGCUUUUUCUUUCCCGGCAGUUUGAAUCCUUGCCUGCAACACAUAUCCGAGGGAAGUGCAGCGUGACCCUGCUAAAUGAGACUGACAUUCUGAGCCAGUACCUGGAGAAGGAGGACUGCUUCUUCUACUCGCUUGUAUUUGACCCCGUACAAAAGACCUUGUUGGCUGAUCAGGGAGAGAUUCGUGUUGGCUCCAAGUAUCAAGCAGAUAUUCCAGACCAGCUGGCAGAAGGUGAGUCUGACAACAGGAACCAACAGAAAAUGGAAAUGAAAGUUUGGGAUCCAGAGAAUCCUCUUACUGAUAGACAGAUAGACCAGUUUCUUGUUGUUGCUCGGGCGGUUGGAACAUUUGCUCGAGCUUUGGACUGCAGCAGUUCCAUUAGACAGCCGAGUUUGCACAUGAGCGCAGCAGCAGCAUCUCGUGACAUCACACUGUUUCACGCUAUGGACACACUGCAGAGAAAUGGUUAUGAUCUAGCCCGAGCAAUGUCUACGUUGGUCCCUCAAGGUGGUCCGGUUCUGUGUCGUGAUGAGAUGGAAGAGUGGUCUGCAUCAGAAGCCAUGCUUUUUGAGGAGGCUUUGGAGAAAUAUGGAAAGGACUUUAAUGACAUUCGGCAAGACUUUCUUCCUUGGAAAUCUCUGGCAAGCAUUGUUCAGUUUUACUACAUGUGGAAAACCACAGACAGAUAUAUCCAGCAGAAACGUCUGAAAGCUGCUGAAGCAGACAGUAAACUUAAACAGGUCUACAUCCCUACUUACACCAAACCCAACCCCAAUCAGAUUAUUUCUGUAGGAUCUAAACCUGGACUUAAUGGUGCUGGAUUUCAAAAAGGUCUGACCUGUGAGAGCUGUCACACAACAGUCUCUGCCCAGUGGUAUGCUUGGGGUCCGCCUAACAUGCAGUGUCGUCUUUGUGCUUCAUGCUGGAUCUAUUGGAAGAAGUAUGGAGGGCUGAAAACACCAACACAGUUAGAGGGUGCUACACGAAAUAUAGGGGAACCACACUCCAGAGGUCACCUCUCCCGUCCAGAGGCUCAAAGUUUGUCCCCUUACACGACCAGUGCCAACCGCGCUAAACUACUGGCUAAGAACAGACAGACAUUCCUCCUACAGACAACAAAACUAACUCGUAUUGCACGGCGAAUGUGCAGAGACAUUUUGCAGCCAAGGAGAGCUGCUCGUCGACCCUAUGCGCCAAUUAACUCUAACUCCAUCAAGGCAGAAUGUUCAAUUCGACUUCCAAAAGCAGCAAAAACUCCCUUGAAGAUUUUGCCCCUGGUUCGUCCUCCCUUGGCAACCAUAGUUAAAGAGCUGGCGGCUCAGGCCCCACUAAAACCAAAAACACCACGUGGAACAAAAACUCCAAUAAACAGAAACCAGCUGACACAAAGCCGGGGUGUGAGCGUGCUACCCACCAAGAGGGCAUAUGAUGCAGUGUCCGGUGUGGGGGUGGUCCCGCCAUUCUCGGCAAAUGGCCGUUCCUUCUCAUCUGGUGUUCGUUCUAGCAAUCAGCCAAAUGUCAAGAGGCAGAAACUCAACCUUGCUGAUGCCCCUAAUCCUGUAGUGUUUGUGGCUACUAAAGACACAAGAUGUCUAAGGAAAUCCCUGUCACACAUGGAGAUGCGCAGAGCUGCUCGUCGACCCAACCAACCAUUGAAGUUGAAGCUACCAUUGCCACCUCGACCUGCCAGUCUUUUACCCACCCUCAGUACUACCCAUCCUGCUAGUACAAGUGAGCCCAUAGUUCUGGAGGACUGAGGGACUCCAGGAUUGUACUGAUCCAAAAAGUUUGUGCUGCGCAUUCGAUAAAUGGCAACUCUGCAAAUGUCCUGGAGAUUAUGGAGAACACCAUGGACAGAUUUAUUUUAAAUUUAUGAAUAAAAACUAUUCACACAAAGCAGCACCAUGGGCACAUUUUUUCCAUCUUAUUUUGUUUCCUUUGCAUCCCUGCCCUACUUUUAUUGUUAAUAUAUAUAUUUUUUUUGUCUACCUAAUUCAUCUGUCUCAUUCCAGUUGACUUCAGGCCCUGAUAUUAAAUCAUUUUCCAGGUUUUUUUCAUAUUCUUGUUAAGCUUUUUUUGUACAAGCUAAAAGUAGCAGGUUACGACAUGUCCACCAUUAAAAUCUGAAAUGAGACAA